AUGAAGAAGCAUAUUCGGAAGGCUUUGGCAAAUUUGAAAGCAAUGAAGUUGAUUGCUUCUUCCUCAAACAACAAAGACAAUAACUCAUCACCUAUGCUAGGAUUCUUGAAAGAAGCAGAAACAAUCACUAUAACCUCACUAGAACAUUUGUUGCUGUUUAUCUCAGAUCCAAAAGGACAAUUGAAAAACCGCAGAUGGUCAGCAAUAUCCAAGUUGAUGCAUUCUAAAAGAGUAGUUUGUGACUUUCAAGAUUCAAACACAAAUGAAUUUGAAAAGGUGGAUGCAGCUUUGCAGCCACUCAUCAGCAACAAGCUUCCAUGUCCUGAAAAUGUUCAAAGUCAACUGGAAAAUUUGGAGAUGUGCAUUCAAGAUCUAGAAAUAGGAGUUGAGCGCAUGUCAAGAAAAUUAAUUAGAAAUAGAGUUUCACUUCUUAACAUAUUCAACCAUUAAUCAUAGUGUCUAUAUGAUUUGUAUGCACUCAAUUUUCCCCCAAAGAGUGUUACAUGCUUACAUAUCUGUACAUGAAUGUGAAUACAUCUUAUUAGUUCAACAUCUAUCUCUCUGGAUCAGUUCCCUUCAAAAUCUUUAUCUUUCAAUUUCCCUUUUUUUUUUUUCCAAAUGUUCUGCAUCA